CAAAGCAAAGGUUUUCUAUCCCCAAUUAGUCUCAACCCAACCAAAAGUUAUUUUCAUGUUUUAGAAUGUUAAGACACACAUAAUCCGUAGUAUAUAAUUAAUUAGACAAAAAAAAGCAAAUAAGCUAUCACAUAGAUCAAUAAAAGAAGGAAUAGGAAAGAGCAAAAAUGUCAUUCACCGGGACAUUGGAUAAAUGCAAGGCUUGUGACAAGACUGUUUACUUUGUCGAUUUGUUGUCUGCUGAUGGAUGUAUCUAUCAUAAAUCUUGUUUCAAAUGCAGCCACUGCAAAGGCACUCUUGUGAUGAGCAAUUAUUCUUCCAUGGAUGGAGUUCUUUACUGUAAGACCCAUUUUGAGCAACUCUUCAAGGAAUCUGGGAAUUUUAGCAAGAACUUUCACACUUCGAAGCCUCCAGAGAGGGAGAAUUCAAUGACAAAGAGUUCAAGCAAAUAUUCUGCCAUGUUCUCUGGAACCCAAGACAAAUGUGCUUCUUGCACCAAAACGGUCUAUCCUCUUGAGAAGGUUACGAUGGAGGGGGAGUCAUAUCACAAGUCAUGCUUCAAGUGCGCACAUGGAGGUUGUCCUUUGACGCAUGCAACAUAUGCCGCACUAGAUGGAGUGCUCUACUGCAAGCACCAUUUUGCUCAACUCUUCAUGGAGAAGGGAAGCUACCAGCACGUCCUUACCGCCACCCACAAAAGGAAUGCUUCUGCGGCGUCUGAAGAGGGGGAGGACCAUUCUGCCGCUGCCGCUGCCGCUGAUCAUGACAAGCAGCAAGCCGAUGAAGAACAAAAUUAGUCCUAAAUAUAUAUAAUCAAAGAUAUAUCACAACCUUGCCUGACACACGCAUUUUCCUGUAUUAUUUUUCAGAAUAUUAUUCAUUAUUUCUCGCGGUUUUCCAUUGUGUUGAGAUGAUCUUAAUCAACUAUUAUUGUUGUAUCAUUUCCCCAAUGAUUAGGUUGUCGUUUUUAGCGUUUUGUAAACACUAUUUCUGAAAAUGAUAAUUUGUAUUAUACACUUCAAUAUAUGUUAAAACCUGAUGUUACAUUA